UUUUACAACUCUUUAAAUUUUACAAGAUGAAGAGCUUUGAAUUCGAUCCAGCUAGUUACUCUAAAAACGAGUACUUCAUUGGUGGUGUCAGAACCUACGUGUAUAAUGAGUCCAGUCUUAAACCAUAUCUUCAGCUGAUCAAUGAUCAUUCAUUUCAACAGGGAGAUGAUGGGAAAAAUAAUGAUAUUCCAAUUAAUGUAUUAUACUUGGCCCAUUAUCGCGGUGGAGAUUAUCAUUUCACUGAAUCAAUUGCUUAUAAUAUCUUAAGGCAAUACUACGAAAAGAAACCGGAUGAUCCAGUACCAUUAAUAUGCGUAACUUUUGACAAUAGAAAUCAUGGAGAAAGAUUACUCAAAGAACAGCAUAAUCGCUCGUGGAAAUCUGGGAACGACACCCAUGGAGUAGAUAUGAUAAGCAUGAUUCGAGGUGGAAUCGAUGAUUUGAAAUUAGUUAUGGACUACUUACCUAGUUACUUAAAUUUAGAGUAUCAUUUAACUCCCAAAAUUAAGUAUCAAUUACAAGCCCAAAUCAAGUUCAAUAACAUUCUCAGUGGUUAUUCACAGGGGGCCCAUACCGUUAUCAGAUUUGCCAAUAAGUAUCCGGAACUUGUUGACAUCCUUAAUCCAGUCGUUGGUUGUAAUGACUUAUCCAGUUUAUUACUUAAUAGGUUAUUGGGAAACAAACAAGGUGACGCUGCUUUUGAUAAGAAAUGGUUUUACUUCAAUUACGAAGAGAUUCCUUUGAGCCAACAGCAACAACAGCUGCAAUACCCGGAAGCCUUCCACAAUUUACUUCGUCAAGAGGACACCGAUAUCUUUGAAAACUUCCCUUUCAACAAGGUCAAGCUUUUCGCAAGCUUUGGUGACGACGACACUUUGGUUCCACCUUCAUUGAGUCGCUCAUGGGUGGAAAUGUAUCUCAAUACCAACAGAGAUUCAGAGGUCUUUGUUCAAAAGGACAUUGGCCAUGAAGCCACUCCAGAAAUGAUUGAAAAUUUCACCUCCUGGUUAGUCAAACAUACUUAGUUUACUCAAUGUCUUCACUAGUGGUCUUUAGUAUACAGCCGUGUAGUCCUAGUAUACA